GUGAUUCCUUGCGUCCUCUUCCACUCACAAAUACACACAAGCCCACAGUCCAUCCACCACUGACACCCCUACCCCCACCCCAAUAACUCCAGACUGUGGGUCUCGCUAGAGAAACAUCUGCUCCUCAGAGUCGCAGAACACUCAGUCAGUCUCAGUCCGUACCUUCGGCGCGCCCCCAGCCCUCGCCCCUCCCCCUCUUUUCUCCCGGCUCCCCACCCCCACGCCCGCCCCCUUCUACCCUCCACUCUGCCGGGGUUUGGGCUGGCUCGGCUUCCCCUUACACAUCCCUCUCCACCUCGGAGCAUGUUUUCUUCUUCGGAGCGGCUCCCCUCUCGCCUUUGCUAAAACUUUGGGAUCUGAGCAUUUCUUCUGGGAAAAGGGGGAGGGGGAGUAGAGUUGUGUACACUAGCGGGGGGCGGGGGCAGGCUCAGCAGGAAAACCGUGCAGUGCUGCUAAGUGGGAGCUGUGCUCCAGUCCUGGGGAGAGGGUAGGGGAGCGACAGAGCCUAGAAGGGAGACCGAUAGAGACUGAGAGAGACCCGGUGUGUGCAGCGUCAGUCCUCUUCCCGCUCGCUGAGCGGCUUGUGCCAUGGAGGUAACUUGGAUCAGGUGGGGGCUCCUGCUAUGCGCAGGGGUGUUCGCGUCCUCCGAGCACAGCAGGGUGAGAAGGAUCACCUAUGUGGUGCGUCCGGGCCAGAGCGGCUCCUCGGACACCGGGGUCAGCGGGGGAGUGGGGCAACUGAGCUCUGCGGUGCCUUUGGGAGGGCAUCCAAGGCAGCAGCGAACUUUUAACGUUGCGCUCAAUACUCGCUACAGCAGCAGUAGCAGUAGCAGUAGCAGGAGCAGCAGCAGCAGCAGCAGCAGCAGCAGCAGCAGCAGCAGCAGCAGCAGCAGCAGCAGCAGUAGCAGUAGCAGUAGCAGCCGCAGCAGGAGCUCGACGACCAGCACACAAGAACGGACCCGCAGGAUGAGCAAACCUAGCGCGCCAAGCGUGCAAGUUCUCCGGCAGCCUCAGCCCCCGCAGGAACAGCCACUCCGUUUAGGCCCGGGCAUGCAGCACCAUCCCAAGCCGGUUGGCCACCCUUCGGCGGCGCAGUUUUCCAAACCCGGCAGGCACGCUGUGCGCUCCAAACUGCAACAGGAGACCCACAGCCUCAGCUCCAGCUCCAGCCUACAGGUUCACCAGAAGCAACAGCUGCAGGGGGUGAAUGUCUGUGGAGGGCAGUGUUGUCAAGGCUGGAGCAAAGCCCCUGGGUCCCAGAGGUGCACCAAACCCAACUGCAUCCCACAGUGCCAAAAUGGUGGGAUGUGUCUUCGGCCUCAGCUGUGUGUGUGCAAACCAGGGACAAAAGGCAAGGCUUGUGAGAAUACAGUUGUGCAAGAUACUACUUCCAUCUCUAGCUCUGGCAGUAAGGGCCCUGGACCUUCUUCAUGGAUCAUCCCAGAGCCGGCUGUACAGCAUCCUACAUCUCAGAAGGUGGAGAUUGCACAGAGAGUCAGUCCUGUGGCUCAGAUGACCUUGACUUUAAAGCCAAAAACGGCAGUUGGAAUCUCUCAACAGAUGCAUUCACAAGUGACACCCCUUUCUUCACAGAAUUUGAUGAUUCAUCACGGUCAGAUGCAGGAAUAUGUGCUCAAGCCCAAGUAUUUUCCAGCUCAGAAAAUGAUUUCAGGGGAGCAGUCCACUGAAGGUUCAUUACCUCUACGAAUGGGGCAGGAUCAUGUUGUGUCACCUUUUCAGUUGAGUAACCACACUGGCCGCAUCAAGGUGGUCUUUACUCCAAGCAUCUGUAAAGUGACCUGCACCAAGGGCAGUUGUCAGAAUAACUGUGAGAAGGGGAACACCACCACUCUCAUUAGUGAAAAUGGGCAUGCGGCGGACACUUUGACAGCCACAAACUUCCGAGUAGUAAUUUGUCACCUUCCAUGUAUGAAUGGAGGUCAGUGCAGUUCAAGAGACAAAUGCCAGUGCCCUCCAAAUUACACUGGGAAGCUGUGCCAGAUCCCAGUACAUGGUGCUAAUGCCCCUAAACUCUACCAGCAUUCUCAGCAAUCAAGCAAAAGCUUGGGAACACACAUUGUCCACUCUACACAUACUCUUCCUCUGACUAUGACAGGCCAGCAAGGAGUCAAAGUGAAAUUUCCUCCGAACAUAGUGAAUAUCCAUGUGAAACAUCCACCAGAGGCCUCAGUACAAAUACAUCAAGUUUCAAGAAUUGAUGGUUCCACAGGCCAGAAGGUGAAAGAAAGUCAACCAGGUCAAUCACAGAUCUCUUACCAAGGAGUUCCCAUUCAGAAGACUCAGACAAUACAUUCAACAUACUCACACCAGCAACUCAUUCCUCACGUAUAUCCUGUUGCUGCUAAAACUCAGCUGGGAAGAUGCUUCCAGGAAACUAUUGGAUCACAGUGUGGUAAAGCGCUCCCUGGACUUUCAAAGCAAGAAGAUUGCUGUGGCACCGUGGGCACUUCAUGGGGCUUUCACAAAUGCCAGAAAUGUCCCAAGAAGCCAGCUUACCACGGAUAUAGCCAAAUAAUGGAAUGCCCUCAAGGUUACAAGAGAGUUAAUGCCACCUUUUGCCAAGAUAUUAAUGAAUGCCAGAUGCAAGGAGCAUGCCCUAAUGGUGAGUGUUUGAAUACACUGGGCAGCUAUAGGUGCACUUGCAAACUGGGAUUUGUGCCGGAUCCUACAUUGUCAACUUGUAUCCCUGAUAACCCUGUGAUCUCUGAAGAGAAAGGACCCUGUUACAGACUUGUCAAUUCAGGAAGACAGUGCAUGCACCCUCUCUCUGUUCAGCUCAGCAAGCAGCUCUGCUGUUGCAGUGUUGGCAAGGCUUGGGGGCCACACUGUGAAAAGUGCCCUCUUCCAGGAACAGCUGCUUUUAAGGAAAUCUGUCCUGGUGGAAUGGGUUAUACAGUUUCUGGCGUUCAUAGACGCAGGCCAAUUCAUCACCAUAUAGGUAAAGGACCUGUGUAUAUCAAGCCCAAGAACAUCCAACCUAUUGCUAAAAGUACUCAUCCUCCACCUCUCCCAGCAAAAGAAGAGCCAGUAGAGGCACUGACCUUCUCCCAGGAAAAAGGGCGUCAGGUUGCUGUGCAAGAAGUAGCAACUGCAGCCCCUGAGAAGGAACUGGUUGACCAAGAGAAAACCAAACUUGAACCUGGUCAACCCCAACUGUCUCCAGGCGUUUCAACUAUUAACAUACAUCCACAAUAUCCAGUAGUGAUUGAAAAAACAUCACCUCCUGUUCCUGUGGAGGUUGCUCCUGAAGCUUCUACAUCAAGCGCCAGUCAAGUGAUAGCACCCACUCAAGUAACAGAAAUCAAUGAAUGUACUGUGAACCCAGAUAUCUGUGGAGCAGGACAUUGCAUUAAUUUGCCAGUGAGAUAUACUUGUAUCUGCAAUGAGGGAUACAAAUUCAGUGAACUACAAAGAAAAUGUGUUGACAUUGAUGAAUGUACUCAGAUCCACCAUCUCUGCUCCCAGGGACGAUGUGAAAAUACUGAAGGAAGUUUCUUAUGUAUUUGCCAAGCGGGCUAUAUGGCUAAUCCAGAGGGAACUGACUGUAUAGAUGUUGAUGAAUGUCUGAGACCAGAAACAUGUGGGGAUGGACACUGCAUUAAUACUGUGGGUGCUUUUAAAUGUGAAUAUUGUGAUAGUGGAUAUCUAAUGAACAGAAGAGGCCAGUGUGAAGAUAUUGAUGAAUGUUUAGCUGAAAGUACAUGUCCAGAUGAACAGUGCAUUAACACUCCUGGAUCUUACCAAUGUGUUCCUUGCACAGAAGGAUUCAAAGGAUGGAAUGGACAGUGUCUUGAUAUUAAUGAAUGCCUGGAUCCAAAAGUGUGCAGUAAUGGCAGCUGUUCUAACCUUGAGGGAUCUUACACGUGUACAUGCCACAGAGGUUAUAACCCAACUCCUGAUAGAAAGCAAUGCAAAGAUGUUGAUGAAUGUCAGUAUGGUAACCUCUGCACACAUGGACAGUGCAAAAACACAGAAGGAUCAUUCAAGUGUACCUGUGAAAAAGGAUAUCAUCUGUCUGCAGCAAAAGACCAGUGUGAAGAUAUUGAUGAAUGCCAGCACCGCCAUCUGUGCACAAAUGGACAAUGUAGAAAUACAGAAGGAUCUUUCAGGUGCAUAUGUGAUCAAGGUUACAGAGCAUCUGCUCUUGGAGAUCAUUGUGAAGAUAUCAAUGAGUGCUUGGAGGACAGCAGUGUUUGCCAGGGAGGAGACUGCAUGAAUACUGAAGGUUCUUAUGAAUGUACUUGUCCGAGUGGCUUCCAGCUAACUAGAAAUAAGGAAUGUCAAGAUAUUAAUGAAUGUGAGCAAAGAGAACUCUGUGGUCCUCAUGGUGAAUGUCUCAAUACGGAUGGUUCUUUUCACUGCAUCUGUGAACAAGGUUUCUCCAUUUCUGCAAAUGGCCAAAUGUGUGAAGAUGUGAAUGAAUGUGAAAUGCUUAGUGGAGUAUGUGGUGAAGCCUUCUGUGAAAAUGUAGAAGGAUCCUUCCUCUGUGUGUGUUCUGAUGAAAGCCAGGAGUAUAACCCUAUGACUGGACAGUGCCGCUCCCGAUCCUCAACAGAAGUAGAUGUAGAUCAACCUGAAGAAGAAAAAGAAGAAAAGAAAGAAUGCUAUUACAAUCUAAAUGAUGCCAAUUUCUGUGAUAAUGUGCUGACGUCCAAUGUUACUAAGCAAGAAUGCUGCUGCACAUUAGGUGCUGGAUGGGGAGAUAACUGUGAGAUCUUUCCGUGUCCUGUCUUUGGAACUGCUGAAUUCACAGAAAUGUGUCCUGAAGGAAAAGGUUUUAUCCCCACUGGCCACUCAUCCUAUGAUGUCACUGGUCAAAACUAUAAAGAUGCAAAUGAAUGUCAACUUUUUGGUCAAGAAAUCUGCAAACAUGGCUUUUGUUUGAACACCCAGCCCGGUUAUGAAUGCUACUGUAAGCAAGGCACAUACUAUGAUCCAGUUAAGCUACAGUGUUUUGAUAUGGAUGAAUGCCAAGACCCUAACAGUUGUAUUGAUGGUCAAUGCAUUAAUACUGAAGGAUCUUAUAACUGUUUCUGUACCCAUCCAAUGGUUUUGGACACUACCGAAAAGAGGUGCAUAAGACCAACAGAUUCAAAUGAACAAACAGAAGAAACUGAUGUCUACCAGGAUCUUUGUUGGGAGCAUCUGAGUGAUGAGUAUGUUUGCAGCCGACCUCUUGUUGGGAAGCAGACAACUUACACUGAAUGUUGCUGUUUAUAUGGAGAGGCAUGGGGCAUGCAGUGUGCACUCUGCCCAAUGAAGGACUCAGAUGACUAUGCCCAGCUGUGCAACAUUCCGGUUACAGGACCUCGCCGACCGUAUGGACAGGAUGCUUUGGUUGACUUCAAUGCACACUAUUCACCAGAAACAGAUCCUUACUUUGUUCAGGACCGUUUUUUAAAUAGCUUUGAGGAGUUGCAGGCAGAAGAAUGUGGCAUCCUCAAUGGCUGUGAAAAUGGCCGUUGUGUUAGAGUACAGGAGGGCUACACAUGCGACUGCUUUGAUGGCUACCACUUGGAUAUGACAAAGAUGACUUGUGUUGAUGUAAAUGAAUGUGAUGAACUGAACAACCGGAUGUCCCUCUGCAAAAAUGCCAAAUGCAUUAACACAGAAGGUUCAUACAAAUGUUUGUGUCUGCCUGGCUAUGUUCCUUCAGACAAGCCCAACUACUGCACACCACUGAAUCCAGAAAAAGACAGUGACCUGGAGUAGAGAAUAAUCAUCAGAACUCAAGCCCAUAUACUCUGCACUGUAUAAAGAAAAAGAAGUGUAUUAUACUUGAGACAUUGCACCUGCUCCAGAAGGCUGGCAGUAUGGAAAACAAAAUUAAGUUGUUAUUCAUUUAGAGGAAAGGGCAGGAUUAAUAGCUAUCUACAUGCCUAAAGUGGCAGACCAAAUGGACAUUUCUCUGUGUGGAAGAAAAGCAAAUAUAUAUAUAUAUAUAUAAUCUGUUCAUAUGUAAAAUUCAGUGGAAAAUAGGCAGAACAAUGCUGUUAUUUUUAACAGAAGGGAGAUUGUUUUGUUUUUGAAAACUAUUGCUUGAUUAAAUUUGACAUUUAAAUAGUGGUGGAAAUAUUUUAUGUUACUUCUGCAUUUUUAUCAUGCAGUUUCUUGGCUACUGUUUUUCUUCAGUUUUUUUUCAGUUUUUGUUUUAUUUUUACCUAAAGUGCAAAUUCUUUGAUAAAAUAUUGUUAAGCCAUUUUAUAAGUACUGUUAAUAGGGUUAUGCUACUUCUGGUCUGAAAUAUUGAUCAGUUAAAAAAUGCUUAUUGUCUGUCCUGUGGAGCAGACACUUAUUUGUUUAUUUCAAACUUUUUAUACAUCUUGGAAAAAAAAACCCUUCAUAUUCAUGUUGUAAUCUGUCUGCUUUUUUUACUGCACAGAAAACUCUGUGCACCCUUGGUCAAGCUGCUAGCAGACGCCAGUUGGAUACCUUUGUACAUUUAAAUGGAAGAAUUCAUGUCUGUAUUGUAAUGUUUAAACUAAACACAGAAAAUUUCUUAUGAUUUACCCAUAACAUAUUAAGACUGUAUAUUAAAACAGUAAAAUAAAUCACCUUUUUUUUUAGAAAAGAAAA